GGCUUUACUUGCAUGAACUCGCUAUAAAUAGGGCUUCAACUUCAUGCCUUCUCAUCUAUCACUUACUUAGCUAGCUAACUAUAAUCUAUCACUUAAUUCGUAGUUAUUGUUUUAAUUAAACAUAUAUACUUGAGGAUGAAGAUGGGAUUCUUGUUGCCUUGCAUGUUUUGCUUCAUGUUUGUCUUGGGAGUUGUUCAAGUCCAAGGUUCCCACAUUGUCUUGCAAAACCUCGAAGCUCUUCAGCCAGCUUUUCCCAACCAAACUUAUCGAACCUCUUUUCACUUUCAGCCUCCUAAGAACUGGAUGAACGAUCCAAAUGGGCCUAUGGUUUACAAAGGUGUAUACCAUUUAUUCUAUCAAUACAACCCAAAAGGUGCCGAUUUUGGCAAAAUAUCAUGGGGACACUCCACUUCAAAAGACCUAGUAAAUUGGAGAGCUCAUAUCCCUGCAAUAUCUCCAUCUCAACCUGCUGACAUCAACGGUGCAUGGUCCGGCUCGGCUACCAUCCUCCCCGGAGGUAAGCCCGCCAUGCUAUACACGGGACACGACUCAAGACACCGUCAGGUCCAAAACAUGGCGGUGCCCAAAAACCCAUCUGACCCAUAUCUCCAAGAAUGGGUCAAAUCUCCUAGAAAUCCAUUGAUCACGCCAACGCGCUUCAACAAGAUCAAUGCGACGUCGUUUAGGGACCCCACCACUGCAUGGCAAGGCAGGGAUGGCAAUUGGAGAAUCCUCAUUGGUAGUAAAGUGGACCGGCGCGGAUUAGCUAUCAUGUACAAGAGUAAGGAUUUUGUUCAUUGGGUACAGGCCAAACACCCCCUUCAUUCAGCUGAAGGAACUGGGAUGUGGGAGUGCCCGGACUUUUACCCUGUUUCGACUAGCCCGAUGGGCUUGGACACGUCAUCAUUAGGCUCGGGGAUCAAACAUGUGUUGAAGGUGAGCCUGGAUGACACCAAGCACGAAUACUACACCAUCGGGACAUACGAUCAUGCCCGGGAUAAGUAUAUCCCGGACAAAGGAUCUGUGGAUAGUGAUUUUGGGUUGAGAUAUGACUAUGGUAAGUUUUACGCCUCAAAGUCGUUCUAUGACAACCUAAAGGGCAGGAGAAUCCUUUGGGGUUGGAUAAAUGAAUCCUUGCCAAGCACCGAAUAUGUUAAACAAGGAUGGUCAGGGGUUCAGGGAAUCCCAAGAAGUGUUUGGCUAGACAAAGCUAGAAAACAACUUGUUCAGUGGCCUGUUCAAGAAAUCGAAACGAUGCGCGGGAAUAGGGUUGAGAUGCAUAGUAUUUUGCUCAAGAAAGGGUCUUCCCAAACUGAAGUUUCUGGAAUCAAAGCCACACAAGCAGAUGUUGAAGUAGCAUUUCGAGUAUCAGAUUUUGGAAAGGCAGAAAAGAUGGAGUCCGGAUGGAAAAACCCUCAAGAUUUAUGUAGUGAGAAGGGAGCGUCAAUAAGAGGAGGAAUAGGGCCGUUUGGCUUGAAGGUUUUAGCUUCCAAGGAUGGCCAAGAAUACACAGCUGUGUUCUUUCGAGUUUUCAAAGGAAACAACAAUAAUACUUUUGUCGUGCUUAUGUGCAGCGAUCAAAGCAGGUCUUCGCUAAAUAAAAACACUGACAAGACAAGCUAUGGUGCAUUUGUGGAUAUAAAUCCGGUGCAGCAAGAGUUAUCAAUCAGGGCAUUGAUUGACCAUUCGAUAGUGGAGAGCUUUGGUGCAAAAGGAAAGGUGUGCAUUACGUCAAGGGUUUAUCCCACAAUGGCUGUUGGUGACAAGGCACACUUGUUUGCAUUCAACAACGGUGUCCAGGGCAUUCAACUCACUAAACUCACUGCUUGGUCCAUGAAAAACCCAACCAUCAACUGAUGAUCCAUUAAUUAUAAUUAUUCUUAUAUCUUAUUUUCCCACAUUUCGGAUCACCCCCAAGUAUUAAUAACUCUUUUUUAAUUUUUAUUUAUUUACUUGCGUGCCUUAAUUGUACCAUGUUACUAUGUCGUAUGUCCUGUUAAAGUGUUAAAUAAACUAUUGGCAUGUACCUUUUUAUUCUAUUCCGUUUGAAGCCCUACAUUUCUCGAUGAAAUGAUCAAUAAAAGAAAUUAAAUAUUACCC